GCGAGAUUGCACUGGGCUGCUGUUAACCGAUGGCUCCUGCAAUUUCAAGCAGCUUGCUUCCUCUCUGUGCGUGUCUGCUGCUGACACCUGGCUUUGCUGAAGCAGGCAAGCUGCUGGUAGUACCCAUGGAUGGGAGCCACUGGUUUACCAUGCGUCAAGUCGUGGAGAAACUUGUCCACAGAGGGCAUGAGGUGGUUUUAGUCAUACCAGAGGUGAGCUGGUACCUGGAAAGUUCAGUCAAUCUGACGGUAAAGACUUAUUCCACAUCUUACACUCUGGAGGAUUUGAAUCGUGAGUUCCGGAAGUUCUCUGAUUUUCAAUGGAAAGGUCAGCCAUGGAGUUUAUUUUUUAUGUUCAUGAAUUCAUAUAACAAUGUUUUUGACUACUUUUUUUCACAUUGUAAGAGUUUGUUUGAGGACACAAAAUUAGUGAGAUACUUAGAAGAGAGUUCUUUUGAUGCCGUGUUUCUAGAUCCUUUUGACAUGUGUGGCUUAAUUGUAGCCAAAUAUUUUUCACUCCCCUCUGUGGUCUUCACCAGGGGAGUAUUUUGCCAUUAUCUUGAAGAAGGUGCUCAGUGUCCCAUGGCUCUUUCUUACGUUCCUAGAGAUUUAUUAGGGUUCUCUGAUGUCAUGACUUUCGGGCAGAGAGUGUGGAAUCAUAUUCGGCACUUGGAGGAGUAUUUACUUUGCCGCUAUUAUUUCAAAAGUGUUGCAGAAAUUGCCUCUGAGAUUCUCCAGACGACUGUCACAGUGUCUGAUCUCUUCAGCCAAACAUCAAUUUGGUUGUUACGAACUGACUUUGUUUUGAACUAUCCCAAACCUGUGAUGCCCAACAUGGUCUUCAUCGGUGGCAUCAACUGCCAUGAGGGAAAACCGUUGUCAAAGGUAAGUUACUUCUCCUUAAGCAUAUUAAGAAUUAAUGUGGCUUUGCACAUUAAGAAAGAAAAAAAGGUUGCUUACUUCAUUUAUAUCCUUUGCAUUUGUAAUUUCUUUCUGGAUGAACAAAGUAUUUUGUGCAAGUUAACUUAG